UAAUUGUAAUGGCAAUUUAAAGGAAGAAGCAAUAAUCUAAACUACCGGUUUCUGUAUUCUGCGCCUUUCAGUCACAGUUUGAGAUUUUCAAGGUAUUCAGCCGUCUCAGGUAUUGAGCGUGAGUGAUUGGUGGGGAGGGCUCCCUCUCUCCUCCUCCUCUCUCUCCUCCUCCUCCAGAGGAUGCAGGACGCCGACGGUGGUCCUGUGCAUCGACUCCACGGCGCAGGCACAGGACUGGGCGCGACAGUCGAGCUCCGGUCGCUUUUGUGUCUCUUUCCGGCCGUUUCCUCCUUCAAGCCGAUCCUUCACUCGGACUCCAGGACUCGGGACAGGAUGACCGAACUCGGAUUUGCAUACGUGGGAUGAAUUCAAUUAUGGUUCGCUUCAAAUCCAGAAUUUCAAGGAGCUGCAGCUGAGAUUUCAUUCAGACCCCCUGACAGGACCCUGUGAGCGUGAUGGAUACAAAUGAGCUCGCUCCGCUGAAACUUUGUAUCGUUGGGAUUUUAGUCAGCACCUGGGUGAUGAGGGGGUUGUCAGCCACUGACAGUUUAAACAUAGAGCCCACUCCCCCCCGACCGAGGAAAACCUGCAAUGAGUCCCAUCUGCAGUGGGAGGUGGAGGACUGUGGAGAGGACUUCAAGCAGCGAAUGGCUCACAUCGACCGACAGAACUAUUGUAACCUCACGUACUUCAUCAGCGAGUACCACUUCUUCACCCUCUGCACUGAGAUGAAGUCCCAGAUCUUCAACUGCUACUGGCCCAACCCCCUGGUGGAGAGAUACAUCAUCCACAUACACAAGCACUUCUUCUCCAACUGCACCAUCGACGAGGUCGUGUGGCGGGACCCGCCCGACAACACGCUCAUCCUGCUCAUCCUGGUGCCCGUGUUCCUCACGCUGGCCAUGAUCGCCGUGGUGGUGUGGUGCAGCAAGAGGGGCGACAUCCUGGCCUGAAGGGAGGGAGGAGCGGGGCCCGAGCUGCUCCUGUUAGCACAGACCUGAUCGCAGCCCAGCGACGCUGCUCAGGCUGCCAGGCCAGAUGUUUGCCACUGUUUCCAGCCUUUAUGCAAAGCUAAGGCCGUUCACCAUGAUGGAACUCUCAGACAGUAGUUAAGGUGUCUCUGUAUUAGAUCUCCUCUCGUUUUGGUUGUCGGGUCCAUGUUGCAUGUGUGAUAUUUAUUGCUGUUGUGAAGCUAGAGAUCCCCUUCAGGACGUAGGAGGUGGUUCUGUUUGACACACACACGCACACACACACACAAGGUGCAGGUGGUUUGAUGUUCUCUGACCAGCAGUGAAACAAUUUAUCCCUUCAGCUCAUGGAUUUGGACUUGGGACCUGAGCGCUGUCAGCCAAAGAGGCAAAGGAGAGAAGUGCUACAUGAAAUGAUGAGCAUUAAAAACAAACCACGUUGGGACGUUUUGUUCACGUUAGCUUUGAUCUUAUAGAUGAGUGGACGGUCGCCACUGGAAAAGACCUCAACGAAAAGCAUUUGAUAGAUUUUGAACCCUCUGUGACUAUUUGUGUUACCAAACAGCUGGGAGGCCUGAGGACGGACCUGAGCCCCCACUCGCAGUGUAACACAUCAUACCCAGAGGAACACAGAGGACUCGGAGGACGCUGAACCCUGCGACCUGAGAUCCAGACCUCUACAGUCCUACUCUGGUCGCGCUGUCUACUGUAUCUGCGCUGCCUCGCCAGUAAAAACACGCUGCUUUGAAGUAAACUGCAUGGGUUUGAUCAUUUCUCUGACCUCCAGCCUUCACCAGCAGAGGUCUGAACUCAAUCACACACACACACACACACACACACACACACACACACACACACACACACACGUUUCUGUCUUCCUCCACAGCCUUGACGUCCGUUUGUCUUUGUCUCACAUCAGCUGCAACGAUGAUUAAAUCUCUUCAAACCA